GUGGCGGAGCGCACGCUCUUCCUGUGGAACAACGACUACAUUGUCAGCCUCGUGGCUCAGAACCGGGCUGCCGUGCUGCCGCUGAUAUUCGGAGCUCUGGAGAGGAACGCGAGGAGCCACUGGAACCAGGCUGUUAACGGGCUAACCAUCAACGUGCGCAAGAUGUUUCUGGAGAUGGACCAAGCGCUCUACGAGGACUGCCAGAGGCAGUUUCUGGAAGAGGAGGUGAGGGAGAGGGAAGUGCAGGCGGGCAGGGAGCACGCGUGGAGACGACUGGAGGAGGAGGCUGCUGCUCGCUCGCCCAUGUAUGGGGACGGCGGUGGUGCCAGUGGUGGGGGGCAGGUGGCGAUGCAGGGUCGGGACAUGAGAAUGGGCAUGUCGGUGGAAACGUCGUGA